GAUCAUCGCUGGUCGAAACCGCCGUCGUAUGUCACGGACUCCCACGCGUGGCGGCUCACUUCUGAUAGUGCUGGCAAGUUGGGCAUUGCCUUCGGUGAGUGGGUUGGCAAGGUGGAAGAGUUCUUCAGCCACCUGCUCGACGGUGAGGGUCUGGACAAAGACAGCAAGGAGAAAACAGCUUGGUGCAGGAAGCUGCGGCAGCUCAGCACCGCCACGAACGACACCAUCAGGCGCUACAAGGACGAGAGCAGCAAGAUUGCGGCCAGCUUGCAGCGGAUGGAAUGUUAUUCCCAGUAUCUGGCUUUCUCUCACUGGGCGGAGGAGCAGUACGUGGCGGCACCUGGGAAGCUGUUUAGACUGAUCAAGGACAAGGCCACUUCGAAGGACGAGUUCGAGGAAGGCCAGGUGAUAUCGUCGGACCCUCUCACGGCGAUGGAUAUUCGGGCUAAGGUGUGGAAGAAGAAGUGGAGCGACCAGCAGCUGGACAUCGGCCAGGUCUCCAUACUCUUGGGACGUGCUAGGGCUCGUGCUCGUGAAGAUGCUUUCCCUCUCUUCGACUUGGAGACGCUGGAAGACGGUAUCCGAAGGAUGAAGGGCACUUCGGCGAAGGGCAUUGAGCAGUUGGGGAAGAAGGACCUCAUCUGGCUGCCCGAGCAAGGUAAGCAGGAGCUGGUCCAGCUUUUUCAACUUAUCGAGCAGUCAGUGGCGUGGCCUUGGCAGCUUACGGUGGUUCUGGUCACUCUCCUUCGCAAGCCGAGCGGUGACGACAGGGCCAUUGGUAUAUUAUCGACCUUGGCGAGGCUCUGGUCGAGUUGUCGAGGCGAGUACCGUGUCAGCUGGACUAAGGCAAAGGCUGGGCAUUGGGAUGCAGCAGUGGCAGGUUCCUCAGCCUUGCGUGAGGCCUUAGCUCGCAGUUACCUGGACGAGACGGUCGCGCUCACCACGAUUAAAGAUUGGGUGCAGGCCAGCGUGCUGUGGGACAUUGAGGGGUUUUACGACGCUCUUAAAUGGCAGCUCUUACUGGAGACGGGUAUGGAGCACGAAUUUCCACCGUGCAUCUUGGCUUUGGAGAUGAUUUUACACGUGGGGGUGCGUUUCCUCCGUGACAGUGGUUAUUACUCUGAUGCCAUCGUACCCGAGCAGAGCAUGAUCGCUGGACCUGGCGGCGCAGUGGAUUUCUCUCGCUGUUCUUUGUACAACAUCUUGGACAGAGUG